CUAAGUGGUAGAAGCAGAAUUCCUGGUUGUUUUGACUCCAAGUACAGUGCUCAUUUCACUCUGUGUGUGUGUGUGUGUGUGUGUGUGUGUGUGUUUAACUGUUUCUCCAUUCUGGGAUCUGACCUUGUGACCUUCUUGAAUCAUUAAGAUUCCAGGUCAAUCCUGACCCCCUGAAAGACCUUCAACAGAGGAGGCAUCUUUUCUCUAAAGACAGCACCUGCCAAGAGGCAUAGGUGAUGAGUAAACGUUUAGAGCAUCAAUUCCAGACCGGCCCCUGUGGCUUUCAGACCUACCACAGUCUCUUCUGUCUGAUAGUCAGGAAAGGACCGUGCCCUUGGGUCCCUUCACCCCUAGCCCACCCCAAGGCAGGCCGGGCUGCAAGGGGAAAGGGGAAGGCCUCCCACAAGACAGGACCGGCAGCUGCUUUCAGGUGAAAACCAGAAAGAAAUCCCAGCCCCGCUGCUUUAUUUUGGUUUAAAAAUCAAGUCGGGUGACAAUGGAAACUCUUUCCUUGCUGUCCUCUCCUUUCUGCCCAUGUUGACAGAAGACAGAUCUGCUAAUUCUGGCUGGGGUUUUUCCCUCCCUGGGCUGUUUUUCUCUUUUAUCUUCAUCAAUUGAAGAGAGAUGUUCUGUCUUUCAAACUGUCGAAAGGUAUCUGGGGUUUUGUGUGUGUUUUUUUUUUUUUUCUUUCUUUCACAUAAUUCUGUGGGUCUUUUCCCAGAUAUGUAUUUUCUCUCAAGUUAACUUCUAACUUGUUUAAGUUUCCGCCCAUGUGACUUCCAGCGCGAGUUACCAGAAACCACAAGAGAGAGAGAGAGGGCGCAAGCCCCAAAGCAAGCGACAUGUCCCUGUGGGGAGCAGAGCCUCUGCACCCCAGAGUGAGAAGGACGCCGGGGUCAGAGGUGUCUGCAAGGCGGGCAGAGGAGGGCCCUGCGGAGGGGGGGUGGGCUGGUGGCCCGGGAGCAGUCAGGAAGGGAGGCCGGCUGGGGACAGGAGAACCCAGAGGCGCGAGGGGCUGCGUGGAGAGCCCGGAAGACUGCGGCCAUGCCUCACAGCUCCGACAGCAGCGACUCCAGCUUCAGCCGCUCUCCGCCCCCCAGCAAACAGGACUCAUCUGAUGAUGUGAGAAAAGUUCAGAGAAGGGAGAAAAAUCGCAUUGCUGCCCAGAAGAGCCGGCAGAGGCAGACACAGAAAGCUGACACCCUCCAUCUGGAGAGUGAAGACCUGGAGAAACAGAACGCGGCGCUGCGGAAGGAGAUCAAACAGCUCACGGAGGAGCUGAAAUACUUCACAUCGGUGCUGAGCAGCCACGAGCCCCUGUGCUCGGUGCUGGCCCCCGGCGCGCCCUCGCCCCCCGAGGUGGUGUACAGCGCCCACGCCUUCCACCAGCCUCACGUCAGUUCCCCGCGCUUCCAGCCCUGAGCUCCCCGAGGGCGGGAGAGAGCGGAGCCCCCAGCCCCAGCUGCUCCCAGGCCUCGGGAGGGGCACGCAGACUGUGGCCAGCGGCCCUCGUCCCUCAGCACCCUCUCCACCCGGAGACCCGGAGGCGGAGGCCUGGACCGGGAUGGAGCACAGGACGCAGCUGCUGGACGUGUGUGCGGCCUCCCGAAGUGUGGCCGACUGCCCGGCGCCGUGGGCUGGACCUUCACGUGGGUGGGAGGCCGGAUCCAGAGCUACGUCAAGCAUAACGCCCAAGUCCCGUUGCACAGAGGGAGGAGGGGUAGG